UUCAUUAUUUUCUAUCAUUUUCCUAUUCCCAAUAAACAUGAGGAAAAUUUUAUUUUAUUUAUUUUUUUAAAGAAGGCGAGUUUGUUGCCGGUGGUCGCGGUUAUUUCUUGCUGAUUUGUACCUGCCCUUUCUUUUUCUUUUUCGUGUCAUCGCAUUCUGCCUCUUUCUCUCUCAUAAACAACUUUCAUACAGUCUCUCUCUAGAAUCUCUCUUCCUUUCGUCACUCUCCCCUCAAUUCUCUCUCUACCCAUUUUCACUGUUCCCUUGCUCUCCUUGAAACUGCUCUUUCUCUUUCGUUGCGCUUUUCACAUUCAUUAGUUUCCAAUCCUUGGGCUUCUUUCUUUUUGCUGAUCUUGACCAUUGCUUCGAUCAGCUAUUCUGUUGAUCUGCUGAAAAUGUUUGCUCUUUUGGUUAGUUUCUGGUGAGAAUUAUAGGACUCUCAAUUCUUUUCAAUUUUUUAAAUUACAACUUUUGGCCUUGUUUAUUGAAAAGGGUGUUACUUUUAUGGGGAAGUUAUUGAAUGUGGAAUUAGAGAUUCCAUAUUCUUUCUUCUUUCCCAUAGAUUUGCAUAAAGUUAUUGAAUGUGGAAUUAGAGAUUCCAUAUUCUUUCUUCUUUCCCAUAGAUUUGCAUCUGUAAAUCUCCUUUUUCGGUACAUAUGCCUUUUACAGCUUUUUUAUUAUUUGCUUUCUGAUUGAGAUAAAAAAAGGAGUUAAGAUUGCGUUUAUCAUUUAUUUGUAUCAAUAAAAAAAACUUCCUUUUCUUCUUGUGUAAAUUAGAAAGCUUUUGAAACCAAAAAAAUAUAUAUUUCUUUUGUUUUUUUAUUUUGCUUUGUUGGUUCAUUCUGAGAUUUUUGUUUUUGUUGAAAGCAGUUUAUGAGAUUGCAUUCGUGGAUUGAUCUGAAUCAUCUGAUCAUUAGAUUGAAGGUGGAAAAGGGUAUUUGGCAAUUUUAAGUUAAGGUCUUUAUUCAAGUGAUUUGAAGAGAAACACAAAGGAAUAGUUUUUAAAGCUGUGGUUUCAAAAGUGUCGCUUUUAAAUUAGAAUUUUAAGAGAUUGAAGAACUAAUCAAGGUAUUACCAAUUGGUGAAAAGAGUUUUUGGCUCUGAAUUGGGAAGGUUUUUUUUUGAGAUUUGGUGAAAAGGAUUGUAAAAUUGAAGGUUAGUGGUGGAUUAAUCCUUACAUUAGCUAGAAAGUUUUUAAAGGAUUUAACCCAAUAAGUUCUGGCGGAUCCGUCUACUGAAGAUAGGGGUUGUUAUUGUCUGGCUGGUCUGGAGUGCAUAUUAAAUAUUAUCAGGGCCCUCAGAAUGGGUUCCUGCUUAUCUGCUGAAAGCAGGAGCCCUCUUCCUGGUUCGCCUUCGUCCCCUCAUCUGGCGAAUAUGAAAAGGAGGAAUUCAAGGAGGAGACCAGGGUAUUUUGACUACCUGAAGGAAGAACCAUUGCAUAGGAUUCCAGGGAGGUUGUUCUUGAAUGGGUCCAGUGAUGUUGCUUCACUCUUUACUCAACAGGGCAAGAAAGGAACCAACCAGGAUGCCAUGAUUGCUUGGGAGAAUUUUGGUUCAAGAACAGAUACGGUUUUCUGUGGUGUUUUUGAUGGCCAUGGUCCUUAUGGUCAUAUGGUAGCAAAGAGAGUGAGGGACCGUCUUCCCUUAAAACUAAGUGCUCACUGGGACGUUCAUAUACCCAGUGAGGAUGUUCUCAGAGAGAUCAGCUUGAACACUGCAGGAAGCAUGAACUCUGAAGAUAAUGCUUCUGUAUUAGCUGAUGAGGAAUCUAGGGCCUCUGUAGAUCUUGAGGAAACAGAAAAGCACCCUGAGAUCUUUCAGAUGCUUAAAGAGUCUUUUCUGAAGGCUUUCAAGGUGAUGGACAGAGAGCUUAGAAUGUAUGCCCAUAUUGAUUGCUUCUGCAGUGGAACAACAGCUGUAACUUUGGUCAAGCUGGGUCCAUAUCUUGUCAUUGGAAAUGUUGGGGACUCCAGAGCUGUGUUGGCUACAAGGGACAAAGACAAUUCACUUACUGCAGUUCAGUUGACUGUUGAUCUCAAACCAAAUCUUCCAGCGGAAGCAGAGAGAAUUCGAAGAUGUAAAGGUCGUGUCUUUGCUCUUAAGGAUGAACCUGAAGUUGCCAGAGUUUGGCUGCCAAACAAUGAUUCACCUGGCCUUGCCAUGGCACGGGCUUUUGGAGAUUUUUGCCUCAAGGAUUUUGGCCUGAUCUCUGUGCCUGAAAUAUCUUACCGACACCUAUCAGAUAAGGAUGAAUUUAUUGUCUUGGCUACAGAUGGGAUAUGGGAUGUUCUUUCAAACAAAGAAGUGGUAGAUAUCGUAGCAUCUGUCCCUUUACGUUCCUCUGCUGCUCAAGCCUUGGUUGAGUCAGCAGUUCAAGCUUGGAGAUACAAAUACCCAACUUCAAAAGUUGAUGAUUGUGCAGUUGUUUGCCUCUUCCUUGAUUCUAACUCAGACAACUUAUCCUCUGCUUCCAAUGCCAAGACAAAAGUGCAGCCAACAUCUAUGGACCAAGUUGACAAUGACAGUGAGAAAGACAAUAAUCUCAAUGCCUUGACAAGUCUAGACCGGUCUGGGACUGUGCGAACUGGCCAAGAAGUACUAUCAGGAGGGAAUGAAGAUUCCUUAAAGCAGGAGGAAAUGAAUUCAGAAAUAGAUUGGUCUGCCCUUGAAGGAGUUUCUCGCGUCAAUACCCUUUUGAAUCUCCCAAGGUUUGUUCCUGAAAAGGAGGAUAAGAAGACUGCUGGGGGUACAAAGGCUCGGAAAUGAGAUCUGGUUAGUACUUUGAUUUAUUUUUGUAAUUUUUCCUUGCUUCUGUUAUAUUAUUUCUUUUGAUGCUGAAGGGAAAAAGAUAUGUAGGGCCAUUGAUGUUAAAAUUUGGACCAGAGAGAUGGUCCCGGCUGUAUUAGUGUCUGGGAACUUUUCCUUUCUCUCUAGUGUAGCUAGAUCUGGAAUUUUUGUAAAUCCAGCUCUCCGUCUAAUUUUUUUUUUUUUUAUUUUUUCCCCUUCAAAUUUCAUGUGUGAUUUGUAGGUAAUUUUAUGCUGAUAAUAAAUUUUGUGACAAUGAAGCCUCUUGAGGUUUCAACUUGAAGGGCAUGAUGAUAUUCCAUCUAGUUUUUUUUUUUUUUGGUUCAUUUAGCAGUGUGGAUUAUGUCUUUAUUUGUAACAAAAGAUAUUUUCUUGCAUCUUGUUUUGUGGCUU